GAUCUCAAGAGGCGACUUGAAGAAAGCUACAAGGUUGCAAUGGGAAAUGCUUCAAAGGUAGCAGAACGAAACAAGAAGAGGUAUGACAAACAUGUUGUUGCCUCCACCCUUGAAGUUGGUGAUCGUGUAUUGGUGAAAAACGUCCGCCUGAGAGGAAAACACAAGUUAGCAGAUAAGUGGGAGCCCGACGUUUACAUUGUAAUCAAGAAGGCAGGAGAUUUACCUGUUUACACGGUAAAACCAGAAAAAAAGAAUGGACCUCUGAGAACUCUACAUAGGGAUCUGCUGCUUCCCUGUGGAUUCCUGUGGAUACCUGAUGAGCUUGUUGAAAGAAAAGUGAUUCGUAAAACCAGAGCCAGAUGUGCUGAGGAACCUGAGGAGUUUGAGAGUGUGAGCGAGUGUUCAGAGUCAGACUAUGAUCCAGUUGACCAUUAUGCUCCUGAAAGAUCCUUCGAGAUUGAAACCAGAAUUCUGUCAAACCCGAAACCUGUUUCUUCCACUGGAAGUAGGAGGACAGUCCACUUAUCUGGUGCUGAACCUGUGAUGGAAAAGGAUAAAGGAUGUCCUAGCCCGAAAGAACCCGCUGAAAAUGGAAACUUACCUGAUAUGGAAUUCUCCAACGUGCAGAAGGCUGAUCAUCCUACUUCAGAGGAAUCGGUAGAAGGGAACCCAUCAGAUCUGCCUGAAUUUAAAAUUCUUGAUGAAAGUUUGGUUGAUAGAUCUGGAAAUGAAAAUGAACCGAUGAGGAAUUGUGAGAAAUUGGAUGCUGAGAGUGAACAAUCAUCUGGAAAUGCGCACAGAGAAGGAAGUAUCCUUUCCCCGCAAACAGAAGGUGCCACUCCUUGUGACUCUCAACAUAACCAGAGUGAAUUAACUGAAACUGGAGGAGGUCUUAGACGUUCGAGGAGACAAUGUGACCCCCCCAAAAGACUUCAGUACCCGCAACUGGGUAACCCUCUUAGUUUAGUUAUCCAAUCCCUGCUGUCAAGUCGGAGUACUGCGAUUACUACCAAUUUGGAAGGCCCUUAGAAAUGACUCCCCUAUUGAAACCCUUUAACCUUGAGCAUGCAGAGGGACCUGCAUACAUUCAGGAGGGGAGAGUGUAACCCAGGUCAUUAACUCGGGUCACUAAUAUUUAUAAUUAUUAUUCUUUUAUUUAUAUCACUAUAAAAUUAAUAGUAAGAAAAGAAGGACAUGAAGUAAAAUUUAUUUAUUUCAUUACAAAUAAUCCCAAAACAUAGAAGUUGAACUAAAUCCUUAUUGGUGAGGUGAAAGGUUAGCCCCGCCCUUGUUGGAAAGUUUCCAAAAAAAGAUCGUGUCAAGCAGAGAUGAGAGCGAGUGAGAGAGAUUGCGAACGACACGAGACACGACAGUGAUAGUAGAUUAAAUGAUUUGAGAAUUGCUGUUUAAUAAUCCAGCUAUAGAUCAUUCAAAAGUGAGAAGUAGAUUUAUGUUCAAGCUUUGAGAAGUUCAUUGUGAACUUGAUGCGAUGAGAAGUUAACACUAACGUGAUAGGAUCAAUCUUGCGAUCUUUUUCUUUGAAACUAUUUUUUUUUUCUUUUGUUCUCUGAUUUAUUUCUUCUUGGCCGGGUUUUUUUUGUGGUUCUUGUUUUAUUUCUCUCUUUUGUGAGCUUCUGAAUUGCUGCUGUGAUCUUGAAUUCUGUCCUGGCUGUGGAUCCUUAUCCCUGGUUUGGACUGGCGAGCCAUCCCAUAUUCUUAUACCUGGAAACAGAGCAAAAGAGUUGUGAGAGCUGCAAGAAAGAGUUUUCUGAUUGGUAGGACAGACUGCACACAUUACGGGUUUUCUUUAUUUUUCCAAGUUUUUCCUGGAUUUCCCUGAGGACUAAGUUUUUUUUUCUUCAUGGACUGUACUCAUUAAUUCAUUUUUGAUGAACAUUCCUAUUUCUGGAAUUUGAAAUUGAGAUAUUGAACUUGAAAUUGAGACACUGAGGUCAAAUUUCAGAAACUGACGUUUGGAAUUGUUGACUGUUUCUGUGGUUUUUUUCCAUUUAUUUCAAAUACUGUGUGUUACUGUUAUCCAUUUGUUUUAUUUUUUAUUUUUUGUUUUAUUUCAUUCUGCCAAUUUCGAAAAAUACAACAUAUGCAAGACAACAAACAAAGAGAAAACAAAUACACUUACCUUUUAAUUAGCUACAUUCAAGUAUUCCGA